GAAAAAAAACUACAAAGGCUUCUAACUGGGAUUACCUUUCUUAUACCUGUCACCACUGAUGUCCUCUCAAGGUUAGAAUUCGAGCGACGUGAGGCCAGCUUAUACCAAACGCCAUUUGAAAGAAGCUCUAUGAAGGAACAGCAGGCACUGGAAGGAGGACGGGAGUCCCCACAGUAACAUGAACAACAACUUACAAGUUAACCUGCCCAGGACUUGGGCUGGUUCAAAUAGCUCGCUCCAGGAGAAGUCUGAGCAUUCCUUUUUCUUUUUUAUUACUAUAGGAUGGAGGACGAGGCAGUACUGGAUAGAGGGGCUUCCUUCCUUAAACAUGUAUGUGAUGAAGAAGAAGUGGAAGGUCAUCACACUGUUUACAUUGGGGUCCAUGUGCCGAAGAGCUACAGAAGAAGGCGGCGUCAUAGGAGAAGACCUGGGCACAAAGAAAAGAAAGAAAAGGAGAAAAUUUCUGAGAAUUACUCUGACAAAUCAGAUGUAGAAAAUGCUGAUGAGACAAGCAGCAGCAUCCUCAAACCGCUCAGUAAGUACUGGUGUUGAUUGUCACUCACUACA